AUUGUUUCCAUCCGACUAAACCAGCACAGCUGUGGCGCACCCAUAGAGGCUCCUAUUGCCAACUUCAUCGCAAAGUGUGGCUGUGUUCCUUUGACUAGAGCCGCAUUGAACAGCAACAAAGUGCGUCACGAAGUUGUAAUGAAUAGGGAUGGAACAGUGAACACGGAUUUGGAUCCUAUGGCCGACUAUCUGCUACAGAUUGAAGCGUCCAACAAGAUGCACUGCGCUUCGCGGAACAUAUUUGGCUUUGAUGGAGAUCGGUUGCUCUUGAAGCUUACAAGACGCAAAGCAGAACUCUACACAUAG